AUGGCGUGCUAUUCUUUAGCAAGGCAAGACAGUGGCGACAAUGAUAUAAACAUAGUGCUGCUGGGAAAAACUGGCAAUGGAAAAAGUUCUACCGGAAAUACUAUUUUGUCUCGUGACGUUUUUCCAACAUCUGACAGAUCAUCGUCUGUGACAAAAUUGGCAUCACUCGAAUGUUCCGAGUCUGAGAUAACAAGUUCAAUCAUAAAUGUAGUAGACACAACUGGACUCAUGGACACUGAUGACGACGAUGCACUGUCAGUUAUUGGUCAAGCAAUGAGCUUGUGUCCAAAUGGCUUUAACGCAGUUAUUGUUGUAGUACGAUAUGGAAACACAUUCAUAGGAGAGGAAGAGGAGUGUAUAAAGAUACUGAAAAAAUAUUUGGGACCCACAAUUUUACAAGAUUUUGGUAUUAUUAUAAUGACACACGGCGACAGUUUUAAAUUAAAAAAUAAAAAUCUAAGUUUCUCAGAUUGGUGCAGAGUAGAAAACUACAAAGAUAAGUUUGGACAACUUCUGGCUGAAUGUAGAGGGCGCUGUGUUCUAUUUUACAACAAAGGAGAAGCGUAUGAAGAAGAAAGGAAAAGUUGUGUGGCUGAACUAAUUGGCAUAAUAAGGACUCAAAUUCUCAGACGUUAUAGAAGUCACAAUUUCGACGUCGCUAUUGAAACAAGGAACAUCAUCAUGGAGAAGAUCAAGAUGCCUGUGUUACAUAAACGUAUUCAAGAAAAAAUCAGUUUGCUGGAAGCCAUGCUUCAGAAAAAUAUUAAAUCAGGUGCAUUCUCCUUUGACGACAUGAAGCAUCGUGUCACACAGCUUCUUAAUGCCAUUAAUGACUUACCGGAUUCCCCUGAGUUGAAUGCGCUGAAAGUCCAGAUAACGUUAAUUACUGAUAAAAUU